AUGAUUGUUAAAUCUUUAUCGCUGUUGGCAUUUGCCGCAGCUACCGUUGAAGGCUGUGUGCGUGAGCGAGAUGUCAGCUCGCCCGAUAUUUUAAAGGUUCUCUCGAAAAGAGGCAAUGGACACCCUCACCUGCCGCACCUGUCGAAGUAUGAGUCUAUGCUGCUGAACAGUUUCGACAAUACUACGGUCGACAGCUGGGCUUUCUACUACACCCAUGGCAUUCACAUUGCUGGAACCAACCAGAGCAUGGCGCAAUGGACAGCGGAUAAAUGGACGGAAUUCGGCAUCCCUUCUUCGCUUGCGACGUAUGACGUAUAUCUGAACUACCCAGUUUCAAACUCGCUGUCGCUGACUCACCCUGACGGUACGACCUGGGAAGCUUCGCUGGUGGAGGACAUUCUGAAGGAAGAUGAUACUUCAAGUUACCCGGACCGCGUACCCACAUUCCAUGGUUACUCUGCUUCCGGAGAUGCUAGUGCCGAGUAUGUUUAUGUCGGGCGUGGCCAAAAGGUUGAUUUCGAUAGACUCGUCCAGCUGGGCGUUGACUUGAAAGGAAAGAUUGCAAUUGCACGAUACGGCGGUCCAUUCCGAGGCCUGAAAGUCAAAAACGCACAAGAUCAUGGGAUGGUCGGCUGCAUCAUCUUUACCGAUCCUGCUGAUGACGGUAAUGUGACUAUUGCAAACGGCUUGAAGGCAUAUCCAGACGGCCCUGCUAGAAACCCGAGCUCGGUCCAGCGUGGAUCCGUUCAGUUUCUGUCAAUCUACCCGGGCGACCCAACCACCCCCGGGUAUCCUUCUCGGCCAGACUCACCACGCAAAGACAUUGCCCCGGUGGUGCCACAGAUACCGUCUAUCCCCAUCUCACAGCUCGACGCACAGCCCAUACUCGCAGCACUUGAUGGUCAUGGAACCCCAGGAAAGGAAGUUAACCGCACCAGGUGGGUUGGUGCUCUUAAUGCGACAUAUGCAACUGGUCCUGCACCUGGAGCCAAGCUUUCCAUGAGCAAUGUGAUGCGUGACACUAUUACUCCCAUCUGGAACUCAAUUGGCAUCAUUAAUGGCACCGAGCAGGAUGAAGUGAUUAUUAUUGGGAACCACCGGGAUGCGUGGAUUAUUGGAGGAGCCGGUGACCCUAACUCUGGCUCUUCGGUGAUGGUCGAGCUUGCAAAGGCAUUUGGAAAGCUUCAGAAGGCUGGCUGGAAGCCCAAGAGAACCAUUGUGAUGUGUUCUUGGGACGCGGAGGAGUACGGUCUCGUUGGCUCCACUGAAUGGGUUGAAGAAUAUCUGCCAUGGCUCAAAGCAUCGGCGGUUGCAUACCUCAAUGUCGACAUUGCCGUCUCUGGGCCGGUCCCCGAUCUGACUGCGACUCCUGAGCUGCACAAGGUGGCCCUAGAGUCUAUGAAGAAGGUUAUCUGGCCAUACAAGGGCCGUAAGGAUACUACCAUGUACGAUGUCUGGCAAGCUUCUAGCGGCGGCGAAGUUGGCGUCCUCGGAAGUGGCUCUGACUACACAGCUUUCCUCCACAACGGCAUUGCAUCGCUCGACACCGGCUCAGGCGGAGACGGUAGCACAGAUCCCGUGUACCACUACCACUCGAACUAUGACUCGUACCACUGGAUGGCCACCUACGGCGAUCCAGGCUUCCACACGCACGUUGCCAUGGGCCAGUUCCUGGGCCUGCUAGGCUACCAUCUAGCCAGCGACGACAUCAUCCCCUUUGAUGUGACCAACUACGGCGUGCAGAUGACCAAGUACCUGACUGUGCUGAGGAAGUACGUCGCAGCAUCCAAGUUCCCUGACCUAGACGUGAGCAAGAUCGAGCAUGCCAUCUGCGCGUUCAACGUGUCUGCCAACGCUGUCGAGAAACUGCGGAAGAGAGCUGAGCACGACCGGUACGACAAGAAGCUGCAGAAGCAUCUUAACACCAUCUACCGUGACUUUGGCCGUGGCUUUGUCUCGCAGGGUGGUCUGCCGGACCGUGAGUUCUAUAGACACAUGCUGUAUGCCCCGGGACUUGACACUGGAUACGCACCAACGACCUUCCCUGGCGUGUCCGAGUCCCUUGACGCUGGCAACCGGACGAGAGCCGUGGAGUUUGUCGAACGGGCGAGCAAUGCCAUCUACGUGGCUGCGGGUAUCCUGUCGUCCUGCUACGACUGCAAGAACUUUCGCGUCCAGGAGUAG